AUGGCAACCGACGCCAUUUGGCCGAACGCGGGGCUCUCCGAUGAGGCACACGACAUGGCCACGCAGCCUUCAGAUGCCGCCUCUCACCUGUCCGGCUGGCAGGACCACGACAAGGAAGAAGCAGACACCUGUCGAAUAUGUCGAGGCGAGGGCACGCCAGAAGAGCCGCUCUUCUAUCCAUGCAAAUGCAGCGGCAGCAUCAAAUACGUCCACCAAGAGUGUCUGAUGGAGUGGCUUUCACAUACCCAGAAGAAGCACUGCGAGCUCUGCAAGACCUCAUUUCGCUUCACCAAGCUCUACCACCCCGGCAUGCCGAACCAGAUACCCACCACCGUCUUUAUCCGUCGCGCCGCCCUGCACGUUUUGAACCUGUUUGUGACCUGGUGUCGAGGCGUCUUGGUCUUUGCCGUCUGGUUAGUCCUGCUCCCAUGGUGCAUGCGUGUCGUCUGGCGCAGUCUCUUUUGGGUCGGGGAUGGUGGCUGGACGCAGGACAGGUCUUUAGACAUCUUCGGGGCUACAGACAGCACCCAGCAGGCCAGCUUGGAUCAUCCCGAAGCAGUCCAGUCGUUAGUCAAGGCAGCUAACGCCGCCCUUGCCGCCGGAAACAGGACGGAUCACCACAAAUACUCUGCCAACUCGCCGGCAAAUGAGACCAUGGCCGACGGUUCCAUGAUCUGGUCCUUUGCGAAGCGCUUUUUAUUCGGCGUUCCAUACCCCUUCACCAACCUCGCUCAGAUCGCCCAACUCGGACAGUAUCCAGCGGUCGAGCCCAACACAACCGCCGCCAAUCUCACGCUCGAGUCUCCGUCUCUCCGGAGUCCGUCCCUGCUAUCCGAUGUGCCCUUUCUCAAAUUGUUCAACUCGCAUACCGCCAAUCAAUUGUUUGUAGACGUGCUCGAAGGUCAGAUCAUUACAAUAUUUGUCGUCAUUGCCUUCAUCCUGAUCUUCUUGAUUCGUGAAUGGGUUGUCCAACAACAGCCUGUAAUGAACAUGGUCGGUCUCGGUAAUGAUGCUGCUGCCGUACAAGGUGGUGUCGACAAUGGGAAUGAGCAUCUUCCUGAUGACUUGGUGGAGGAUAAUGUUGCCGAUGCUCACGAGGCCCAGGAUGAUCCACUGCCUGCUGCAGACGAAGCCGAAGCCGAAGUGGACGAGGGCAUUCAAGACGGACCGGAGCCUGUCAUCCGUCGUGUUCGACGCGCAUCAUCACUAAGAAGACGGCGAAGAGAGAGGAUUCAGAAGUUAAUAUCCGAUGAGACUGAUGAAAAUAUACGGAGGACAUUACAGGCGGCAUCAUCCGAGCAAAUUGCCGAGAUGCUGACCGACUUGAUGUUGGCAGAAAACCGUGAGUUGCAGAAACUUCUUCAGGAAGCUCUCGAACUGCAUGAUACACGAGAGGAGCUCAGUGAACUCAAGCCCGGAUCCACUUCAGAGGAUCGGCCAGUCACGGACACGAGUACGCCUAGGUUUCCUGUGCGCACAAGUAGUCUACCCCAGGAGCCCAAUUCGUCUCUCGAACCUGCAAUCACAGAAUCAUCUCAGUCUACACAACGCCCCGAAAUGCCUUCGCGAGAUCGCUCCUUUGUCGCAACGGAAAUCCGCCGCAAAUUGGAAGAAGAAAAUCCCUGGUCCUUUGAUCGUGUGCCCGUCCAAUCAUCGUCUGAUGCAACAGAAGAGGCAAUGGUGCCAGAGUCAUGGGAAGAUGCUGAAGUUGAAGGAUCUCGGUUGGACCACGGUCCCGACAUGUUAUCAGACGAAGCCCCAGACAGUGAUCACAGUAGUGGGAGCUGGCAACAAGUUUCCAAGAUCAAGGUGGACCUUGACUCUGACCAAGCGCUGGAAGGAGCUAGUUCACUUGAUAAAGGCAAAGCCAGAGUCAGCGAUAGCAGUAAUGGCGCUGAUGAUUCCGAGGACUCAAUGGCCGUCAGGCCUGAAUCAACCGAAAUCCACGCCAAAAGCUCAGCGCUUCAAACUCAGUUGUCACAGUCGGAGACUGCAGAGCGUCCAGUUCCAUCUCAGCAAGUGACUGAAGUCGAUGCCCCCCCGGCACGACCAGCCAUCAACGAAGAAACUCAGGAUGAGGUAGCAGAUGCGCCUGUACCUCCAGCGCCAGCAGCACCAGCAGAGCUACCCCAUCAACCUCCAGCCACCGCGCUCGAUCGCGCUCUGGAUUGGAUGUUUGGUGAUGUGGCACCAGCUGCGCCAGUUGCAGAGGAAGCUGGAAAUGACGAGCACAUUGUCCGUAACAUAGCGGACGAAGCUCCCUUUGUGCCCUUCCUUGGGAACGAGCCGCGAGAGCAUGGUGUUCCUGCCGUACAAGACGCCGAAGUUGCUGCGGCAGCCGCUCAAGCUGGCAUCGAUGUCAAUGACCAAGAAGCCAUUGAAGAUGCCGAGGACUUGGAAGGGAUCCUGGAACUUAUUGGUAUGCAGGGCCCCCUUGUCGGCCUCUUUCAAAAUGCCCUCUUCAGCGCAGUGCUCAUAUCAGCCACCCUGGCGUGUGCGGUAUGGCUCCCGUAUCUAUGGGGCAAGGUCGUGAUCCUCUUCAUGGGAAGCCCGAUUGCGCUCUUUGUCAAGCUGCCUGUGCGAAUCAUUGCUGCUACGACAGAUCUCAUCGUCGAUAUGGCACUCAUCGUCGUGGCAGGAACCACUUACUCAAUCUCGCAUUUUCUUGCAAUGGCCAUCAAAGUGUGUUCUUGGGGAAGUCUGUCAGACAUGGUGGACGGGCGGCUCCGUUCCAUUGCUACGCCAGCCUAUUUCCUAGUCAAGAACGCUUUGAUCCGCACAGCCAGUAUGCUUGUUGACUCUCCGCUGUCGCCUCAGACCAGUCACUUUAUGCUUUCGGUCAACUCACACGCCGCAUUGCGAAGUAUACAAAACUCCACAUCAUUUGCUCUCAACGAAACGAGUAACUUUGCUACGUCCGUAUUUGAGGAGAUUGCGGCAGAUUCGCCAUUUUGGCUCGUCUACAGAGUUGUUGGUGCAUUGCCAGGGCUUGCCCACACUGCUACAACAACACUCUACACACAAGGUGCCGAUCUACUGUCGUGGCUUUGGACGGCCAAGUCGUACAACAUUACCCUGGAUUUCGACUUCAAUCAUACUGCCACUGUUGCCUAUGCUGCUACAGAAUACUGGACCGCGGCAGAUCGCAUGAUUGCCAUUCUUGCAGGCUAUGGCUUUUUUGCCUUUGCUGGCGCCGUCUAUCUUAGGCGUGGCACUGCCUUUGGCACGUCGAGAACUGAACGCAUUAUUUGCGAUGUGUUACAACAGGCCGGUGGCGUGCUCAAAGUCAUUUUGAUCAUUAGCAUCGAGAUGUUGGCGUUUCCAUUGUACUGUGGUCUGCUCCUUGAUCUGGCAAUGCUUCCACUGUUCCAAAAUGCUACGCUCUUGACUCGCUGGCAAUUCACGCGAAACAGUCCCUGGACCUCUGGAUUUGUACACUGGUUCAUCGGCACGUGCUACAUGUUCCAUUUUGCGCUCUUCGUCUCCAUGUGCCGCAAGAUCAUGCGCAAAGGCGUACUGUACUUCAUCCGCGACCCAGAUGAUCCGACAUUUCACCCUGUACGAGACGUUUUGGAACGUAGCGUCACAACCCAACUCCGUAAGAUUGCUUUCAGCGCUCUUGUCUAUGGCGCUCUAGUCAUAGUAUGUUUGGGCGGAGUCAUCUGGACACUCAGCCGAGCAACGACCGACGUUCUGCCCAUUCGCUGGCAAACAGAAGCGCCUUCAUUAGAGUUCCCACUCGACCUGCUUUUCUACAACUUCCUCACUCCCGUCAUUGUCAAGUUUUACAAGCCGAGUGAAGGCUUCCACACAGUCUAUCGCUGGUGGUUCAAGACUUGUGCCAGCUUCCUGCGCCUCUCCAAUUUCCUCUUUGGUGACAAAGCCGAGGACCAAGAGGGCGACGACGGGAGAUACGUCCGCGCCCCUGCUUCCGACCAAGCACGUAUUCCCAAAGGCCAGGCCGUCUUUGUCGAAGUCGACAAGGACAAUGUGCGCAAAGAUGGGCAGAAUGAAGAAGGUAUCCACAACACUGAUCUCGUCACGGUCGUCUUCAUACCACCAUGGUUCCGCCUCCGUAUCCUCGCCUUCGUCGUCACAAUAUGGCUGUUCAUGGGCUUCUCCGGUUUGAAAUGA